UCAGACUCCUAAGCACCCCCGAUGGCCCCCCAUCAGCGACAUUGCAUUAACCAGACGACCAGCCCCGGUUUCAGGCUCCCAUAGCGAAGGCAGGAUCCCGAGAGUCUUCUCCUGGAAUACCGCAUUGUUUAUAAUUUCCAGCCACAUACAGAAAGAGAGAGAGGGGGAGAGAGAAGAUGAUGCUGAUGAUGCGCCCGCGAUGGUGGAUUUCCCUUUUGUGCGUCUGUGAAUUGAUGCACGUCGGUCAUCAGAGCAGCCCCAAUGCCCGAAAUGGAGACGCCUUGUCGAGCUUGAAGGCUCUUCGUGAUGCGGGCAGGUUUGUCAGGAAGGAGGACACGGUGCCUCUCCGCCUGCUCUACAGCAGGCACAACCACAGCCAGAUCACACAGGAUGAGCUCAGCACCAGGGUUAAAGCCAGCCCCAGCUCCGACUCCACGCAGGUGAACCACGUGGCCCAAGCGAGCUUUCAAGUUGAUGCUUUUGGUAGAAAGUUCAUUUUGGAUGUGGAGCUGAAUCAUGAUCUCCUGUCUUCGGGGUACGUGGAAAGGCAUUUGUCAGAAAACGGGGAGACUGUCGUCACCAGUGGCGGAGAGCACUGCUACUAUCAGGGAAAGGUCAGAAACAUUCCUCACUCCUUUGUGGCUCUCUCAACCUGUCAUGGGCUGCAUGGGAUGUUUUUCGACGGCAAUCACACCUACAUGAUUGAACCUGGAGGACAGGGCGGCAGCAAUGGAGAUAUUCACAUUCACAUGAUCUAUAAAUCUGCAGGGGAAGAGGGAAUAAAUGAUCUCCUAGGUGGCACUCUACCAGAACCACCUUUUCCUAGCCCUCCAUUUCCAGGGUCAAAAGUUGUCCACAGGAGGAAAAAGAGACAGGCUUCACGUUUGUCGCGAAGUGUCGAAGAUGAGACCAAAUACAUCGAGCUGAUGGUGAUCAAUGAUCAUUUAAUGUAUAAGAAGCACCGGCUUUCCGUUGGGCAUACGAACAACAAUGCUAAGACAGUGGUCAAUAUCGCUGACAUGAUUUUCAGGGAACAACUUAAUACUCGAAUUGUGCUUGUUGCAAUGGAAACCUGGUCAGCUGACAACAAAUUUAACAUUGACGAUGACCCCAUGGUGACCCUGAAGGAGUUCAUGAAGUACAGGAAAGAUUUCAUCAAGGAGAAAUGCGACUCUGUUCACCUAUUCUCAGGGAAUCGCUUUCAGAGCAGCUUGGGUGGAGCUUCUUAUAUGGGUGGAGUUUGCUCUCUCACUAAAGGAGGGGGAGUCAAUGAGUAUGAGAAAACCAAUGAGAUGGCCAUAACCCUCGCACAGUCUCUUGGAAAGAACAUUGGCAUCUUCUCGGACAAGAAGAGGAUCCUCAAUGGCGAAUGCAAGUGUGACGAUCACUGGUCCGGCUGUAUCAUGGAUGACGUUGGUUUUUACCUGCCCAAGAAGUUCUCUGACUGCAAUGUGGAGGAGUACCUCAACUUCUUGAACAGCGGUGGUGGAGCCUGUCUAUUCAACAAACCUCUGAAGCUGUUGGACCCUCCAGAAUGUGGCAACGGCUUCGUGGAACCAGGAGAGGAGUGUGACUGCGGCAGCCCGGCAGAGUGUGCGAAAGAAGGGGAGAAUUGCUGCAAGAACUGCACCCUGACUCAAGGCUCUAUUUGUAGCAACGGACUCUGCUGCAAUAACUGCCAGAUGGAGUACAGGGGAGUUGUGUGCAGAGAUGCAGUGAAUGACUGUGACAUCCCUGAAAGGUGCACAGGCAAUUCCAGCCAGUGUCCACCAAAUGUGCACAAGAUGGAUGGUUACACAUGUGAAAAAGACCAAGGUCGCUGCUUCAAUGGAAGGUGCAAAACCAAAGACAGACAGUGCAAGUACAUUUGGGGAGAGAAGGCAACAGCAGCGGACAAGUUCUGCUACGAAAAGCUCAACAUCGAAGGGACAGAAAAAGGCAACUGUGGGAAAGACAAGGACACGUGGAUCCAGUGUAACAAACAGGAUGUUCAAUGUGGCUAUCUGCUAUGCUCCAACAUCUCUCCUACCCCACGACUGGGAGAGCUGCACGGAGGACUGACCUCGUUCUCUGUAGCCCAGCACACGGCCUCUCUCGACUGCAGCGGUGGUCAUGUGGUGAUCGAUGGAGACAUAGACCUGGGAUACGUCGAGGAUGGGACGGCCUGCGGAACAGACAGCAUCUGUUUUAACCACAAAUGUCUCCCAAUUCAGCAAUUCAACUUCAGCACCUGUCCUGGGACGACAGACACGGCCAUUUGCUCCGGAAAUGGGGUGUGCAGCAACGAGCUGAAAUGUGUGUGUAACCGGGGCUGGACAGGAGAGAACUGUAGCUCCAUGUUUCCUGUCAUGGCGAAACCCACAGCCUCUGUUUCAGGUAUCAACAGCACUAACAUCAUCAUUGGGGCCAUUGCAGGUUCUAUCCUCUUCCUCGCCCUAAUACUGGCUGUAACAGCCUGGUGCUACAAGAGCUACAAGCAGAAACGCUACGUGGAGUCUGAGGUUCACCGAAGAUUCUGCCGGCAAAUGCCUCCAGGUGACUAUGUCACGAAACCUGGGCAUGCAGAUUCAUUUUACAGUGACAUACCUCCUGGUGUAAGCACAAACUCAGGCUGCAGCUCCAAGAAGAGGUCAGCCUGCCUGUCGCACCUGCAGAUUUGCACCCUGUCCUUCACUCCCUCCAUCCUAUCCAUUUCUCAGAACCACUCACUGUUUGGCUUCAGGUCCAAUGGCCUGUCCCACUCAUGGAGUGAGAGAAUUCCAGAUGCCAAACACAUCACUGACAUAUGUGAAAAUGGGCGACCAAGGAGCAACUCGUGGCAAGGAAACCUGAGCGGUAAUCGUAAAAAACUGAAAGGAAAGAAGUUCCGUGCUCGCUCGAACUCCACAGAGACGCUAUCUCCUGCCAAGUCUCCCACCUCCUCCACAGGAUCUAUUGCAUCCAGCAGGAGGUACCCGUACCCUAUGCCUCCUCUCCCCGAUGACCAGAGGAAAGCCAACAGGCAGAGCGCCAGGUUGUGGGAGACCUCAAUAUAACAGCUGUCUUGCCUUCUCUGCACAAGACCUUAGAGAACUACACGUCUCUCCUUUUCUAUGAAUGAAAAACACAAAAAUGAAACAAAAUUGACUCUAAGCAACUAAAGAGAAAAAGAGAGAGCCCCACCCACCCACUGGACAGGAAACAGGCAGAGUUUGAGUUUGAAUUAGUGUAACCAAGCAUCUGCGAGGCCGUCUUGCCAAAUGGCCUCAUUCAGUGGAUCUCUACGUAAUGAUGCGGAGUCCUGGCAGAGAAACCAGCUCCACAUCCACUCCAGACCAGCUGGAGUUCAGACUGAGCUCUUCCUGUCCUCUCAAGCUUCAACAACGUGACAGCCCCCCCCCCCCCACAAAAAAAAAAAAAAAAAAAUCCCUACUCUUAGGCUUGUCUCAUGUCAUAUUCACUUCGAUACCAUCCCAUCUGAAUUGUGUGGCCUCCUCUAAAAGGAGCUGUGGCCCCAGGAAGGGGACCACGGCAUCGUGCUGCAUCGCUGGAUCUAUGUCGGAUCAUUUUGACGCACGUGAGUCACUGUAGAAACUCCAACACUGUAUGCAUGAGACAACUCUGUUUAUCAGCAACCUCCUCCUGCCAAAAGGACGAGAAGGGCGGCGGUCUGAUCUGAAAGGAAAGCAUGCAAACGUCUGUUGUUGUUUUAUAAGGUCUGUAGGCUUAAUGCUUUCUCUCCACUAACGGUAUCUCAUAUUGUAUCACCACAACAUGGACCCGCCCCGGCUCUGCUGUUCCUCCCCUUGGUUUGUGUGUGUGUAAAUAUGUACAGUAAAAUACACACAGAGGAUGUUUUUUUCUUUUAUUUUUAAAGACAAAAAGAGAGAAACAUCUCUUCUUUUUUUUUCCUGCUGAAUUGUGCGCUCUCUGUAGAUAAGUUUAGAGACCCUGCAGUCUGGGUUUCUUGCCCUCUGUGACUGUGACCUCUAUAGCCUUCUCCAUCCACAGCAGAAUGUCUUUUUUUUUUUUUUUUUUAAACCUUAGACACUAUUUUCAUGCAUCUCUGAGACACACACACACAGACAUCCAACGAUGUUGAUUGUGGCACAUUAAGAGUGCCCUUAAGAUGGUCCUCGAUCAAUAUUAAUUUAGCAAAUUAUUAGUUUUACGUGCCAUUCCUGAGUGAAAUGAAUGGACGAGAUGUGUUUGGUGUAGUUAUAGAUGUGCCACUUGCCACUCACGUGGUUUACUGGAAAUUUCCCAGUGACAAUGAUAAGGUGUAUGUAUGUUUGAGACCAUUUUUCCAGAGGCUGCCACUUGAACGUGAGAAGUGAACACAUGGCUGACGACCCACCUCGGCCACAAUCUGGAAACUGUGACUGAAAUGUGCAUUUUGAAUUUAGCUGUGACGACUGAGAUAUUUAGCCUUGUAAAUGAUUAACUACGCUGUGCAGUGCUUGCUGUUUGAGCUUGUGAAGACACAACAGCAUGACGGUUCUAUAUCAAAUCAUUUCUCCGGUAGGCUCUUUGUGAGAUCGUAACAGGAAAUGAGCAUGUCACUGAAAGAGUUUUUGCCCUCAUUGCCUUUUCCUGUUGUUUUUAAAUCGGUUUGUGUACCACAGUCAACAAAGUUUGCUGGUAAAGUUCACAGCAGGAAAAAGAAAAACAGGGCUUACAGUGAGUGAUCGUGGUGGUUCUGUGCUUUGACUUGUCAUGCCAGUGUAGCUAUUUAAGGUGGAAUUUUUCUUGUGGAUACAAAUCCUGAUCACAGCAGCAAGUUCUUUGUACAGUCAAUGCUCCACUCUGCAGAGAAACUGUUGUCUCAAGGCCUCAUGUUAGUCAUUUUCCUGUUGUUAGCUUUUGUUCCAGUGUGGGCACUUUUACAUUUGUAAUUCAUGUAUGCAUUAGGAUUGUAUAGGUAAUAUGAGCUUCACAAUAUUGGACUAAUAUUGCUACUAGUAUCUUUUUUAAGUACCUUUGUAAUGCUCACUUUCUUUCUCAGCAUUAUGUACAGCAGCUAUUUAAACAGUAAUUAAGUGCAUUAUUGUAAUUACGUGCGUUGAGUUUGAAUGGAGACCAUUUCAUUUUAUCACCCUCGUCCUGGGGUCAAUAGAAGCUGAUGUUUCUUAGGCAUGUGCUGAUAUGUAUGAUAUAAGGUUUGGACACAUGUUGCUGUAUGGGUUCAUAAUUUGCCUUCUACCAGAACUUUUUUUUUUUUGGGCUUUGGUCUUAGUAUUGGUCUGUGUCCAGUGGCCCAGUGAUUUUUUUUUCUGGGCUUCCCAAGGAGAGUAUGAUCUUUGAGCUCCUUAGAAAUGUUUUUGAACAUCAUAAUACUGUGCUGCAGCAAGACAUUUGUCCUGGUGCCUUGGGAAAAACUCUAAGGAUUCUCCACCAAGGACGGGACCACGCAGGCAGCAGCGAUUUCUGUGAUUGUACAGCUGUUAUUCCAAACACACCUGCUGUAUCUGCCUCCACACACAGCUGGACUGACCGAUCCCUACAGAGCAACUGUCUGGCCAGAGACUCGAAUGUAUUUGUGUACCACCCAGUCUCAGCCAUGUGCUCCCAUCACACCAGAAUCAUCAGCAUUCUGCUCCAGGAACCUUAAAGAUCCCUGUAUGUACUAAUUCAGACACUGCAGUUGUCUUUUUUUUUUUUUUUUUUUUUUAUUUGCCUGUAUGCUGUACAGACUGAUGAUGCAAAAUCCCCAUAUUUUUUUUUU